AGUUUCUGGCGCGCGUUGUUCACUUUCAGAACGACGUUGGAAGUAGCGGAAAGAUAUUUUCGAAGCUUCGCGCCAAACAUAUUCGGUUAAAAAAGUUAGAUAAGAAUAUUUCAAUUUCACGCGAAAAAAAAAUUGUGAAAAAAUUUUGACUUCAAAUUAAGUUUGUGUUUGAUAUACAUCAUGUAUAUUUGCUUGUCAAAAAAGCAGAUCAGAAAAUGUGAAGGUACUUAAAGAAAUCGAAAAAGUCGAUGCAACAUCGAAUUAAAUUAUAAAAACAACGACAUGAACUUGACGAUAUACAAGAUCUCGUUAUACAACGAAUCGAACAGAGAGAUUAAUUUGAACGAAACAGAUGAAAUUAUACCAUACAAAGAAAGACCAGAGACCUAUUUCGUUCCAAUUUUGUUUUUCAUUAUUUUUGUAGUAGGAGUAGUAGGAAAUGGGACUCUCGUAGCCAUAUUCAUACGACAUAAGAAUAUGAGAAAUGUACCAAACAUGUAUAUUUUAUCGCUUGCUCUAGCAGAUCUACUAGUGAUCUUAACGAGUGUCCCGUUUACAUCGAUUGUGUAUACCAUGGAAUCUUGGCCGUGGGGUGAACUUAUAUGCAAAAUAUCUGAAUUUGCAAAAGACAUAUCAAUAGGUGUAUCUGUUUUUACACUAACCGCCCUUUCAGCUGACAGAUUUUUUGCUAUUGUUGAUCCAUUAAAAAAGUUCCAUACAAGUAGUGGUGGUAGACGCGCAACUCGUAUUACUGUCUGUAUAGCCGUGUCAAUUUGGAUACUCGCCAUUAUAUGCGCAAUUCCAGCAGCAUUAGCAUCUCAUAUUAAGGGAAUACCAGAUAAAAGUCCAAAGUUUUUCGUUUGUUAUCCAUUUCCAGAUUGGUUUAACAAAAGUUAUCCACAGAUGAUGGUCGCCAGUAGAUUCUUGAUUCUUUACGUUAUACCGCUCACCAUAAUUGGUAUAUUUUAUUUAAGCAUGGCAGUUUCCCUAAUAACAAGUACACGUAAUGUGCCCGGAGAAAUGCAAGGAAUGCAUCGUCAGAUAAGGGCAAGAAAGAAAGUGGCAGUUACUGUUUUAGUAUUCGUAGCAGUUUUCGCAGUAUGUUUUGCUCCAAUCCAUGCUUUUAUGAUGUUUUUUUAUUUCCAUCCCAGAUCUUUAGAUGUUUACAAUGCUUUCUGGCACUAUCUGAGAAUAGUUGGAUUUUGCCUUUGCUAUAUUAAUUCAUGCGCUAAUCCAAUAGCACUCUAUUUCGUUAGUGCAGCAUUUAGGAAGUAUUUUAACAGAUAUCUACUAUGUAGAAAUUUGAAACGAUCUCAGAGUUAUCAUCAUCGAGGUACGUCUAUAUCGUUAGUUUCAUUGAAGAGAAAUCAAUCUAUGAUGGGUAGUAGGAAAAAAAAAUUAUCGAACAUUCGUCGCGCGGAUCCUUUAAUGGUACAAGAGACAUCAGUUACCCUACUUGCAGUUGGUAACGAUCACAUGUGCAAUGAUAUUUAACAGGACAUUCAAAUUAACAGUGAUUUAAAAGAUUUUUAUGAUGUUUAAUGAUGUGGUUUUAUAGGGUGCUAAUUUGAUUAUUAACAAUGAAAAGUUUAAAAAAUGUUUGAAAAAUAGAAAUUUCUAGAUUGUAGCAUAAUCAAGCAUGUAAUAAGAAUUACUGAACUCAAAAUUUCAAAUGUACAAAAGUAAAUUAUAAUUGGACUAUUCAUUAUGAUAAUAAUUUAUUUCAGUAUUGUUUCUAUAUGUAUAAUUAAUGAUUUUUAAUUAUAAAUAUAUGAUGUAAAUGAUUAUUGUGAGAAAAUACAACUGAAUUGUUUCCAUA